AUGACCUGUCUCUGCCCCUGGUGUGCCCGAACAGAAGCCUACCGCAAGCUCCGCGGCCCGGUCGAGUACAUCCGAACCAUCAACUACAACAGUCGGACUGCCGCGACCAAGAAGGCGGUGGAGGUGGCGGAGGCGAAGUAUGAUCGGGAGAUGGCGGUGUUGGGGAAGAUGAGGCUGAGGCAGCCGGAGAGGUGGGAGAGGGUCGAUGGUGUGGUGGGGAGGGAGAAGGUGAAAGGGGGUAGUCCGUUGAGAAGGGAGUUGAAGGCGGAGGAUCUUGAGGAUGAUGUUGGUGUUGAUGGAGACUGCGAGAGUGAGGAUGAGGGGCCGAGUCCGUCUUUGAUGGGACAUGAGCCCGAUGAUGAGGAUGAAAUCUCGGACGUUGAAGAUGAAGAUCCUAUGGACAGCUUAGCGGGGAAGUUGGAUGAGCUCACGUUCGACGAGAAGGAAGACAGCCCUGUCUCGUCCGCGGCUCCUAAGGAAGUCGACGAGCCGAGCCAAGAUAGUCUCGAGUCGGGGGCUCAACCACUCUGUUCCUGCCGAUCAGGAUACCUAUGCGAGUAUUGCUGA